UGUGUGUGUGUGUGUGUGUGUGUGUGUGUGUGUGGACUCUGAUCUUCCGGACUGUAUGAAGAGCAGGACAAAGUGUGCUGUGCUGAAUAGUACUUGUCAGAAGUAUGGAACCAAGUGUGCUCGUUUCUGUGCUGGUCGCCAUGUGCGUGGUGAUUGGCAGUGUAGUCUACUUCCUCUUGUCUCCAAAGAAAAAACAAGUGACCUUGAAGGACCCGAUGGUCAAGUACGCUCUGAAACUAGUGUCCAAACAGGAAACCAGUCAUGACACCAAAAUAUUUCGCUUUGGUCUUCCAUCAUCGGAUCAUAUCCUUGGACUGCCGGUUGGCCAGCACGUGUACCUGUCAGCCAAGAUUGAUGGCAAGCUGGUGGUUAGAGCUUACACGCCCGUCUCCAGCGAAAACCAACAACGAUUUGUGGAUCUUCUUGUCAAGGUGUACUAUAAGAACACACACCCAACCUUCCCAGAAGGAGGAAAGAUGUCUCAGUACUUGGACAACAUGGCCAUUGGAGACACCAUGGACUUCAGAGGACCCAAUGGCCUGCUGGUGUAUCAUGGCAGAGGUCGGUUUUCCAUCCAAGCGGACAAGAAGUCGGCCGCCAGCAGGUUGACGUUCAAGCACGUCGGCAUGAUCUGUGGAGGAACAGGUAUCACUCCAAUGUUGCAGCUGAUUCGAAGGAUUACAGCGGAUCGCAGUGACGACACAAAGUGUUAUCUCAUUUUUGCCAACCAGUCUGAGAAAGAUAUUCUAGUGAGGGAGGAGCUCAUGGAGGCACAGAAGAAUUAUCCCGACAAGCUGAGGCUCUGGUUUACACUGGACAAACCUUCCCCAGGCUGGAAGUACGGUUCGGGGUUUGUGACGUCCACUAUGAUAGAGGCUCAUCUCCCUGCUCCGUCUUCUGAUGUCCUUGUUGUCCUGUGUGGUCCUCCUACAAUGAUCCAGAAUGCAUGUCUGCCAAACCUUGAGCAGCUUGGAUUUAAAAAACAAAACAUAUUCACGUAUUAAACAAAACACCUUGACUACUACUUGCUAUGUAAUAUGAAAUAAACUAACCCUUGUGCUUGUCUAUGAAUGUCUCAGGGCGU